CAGUAUAUUUGUAUAUAUAAGUUGUAUGGAGGAGGGGACUUUACUCUAAGACUCUCUGCAUUCUUAUCUUUAGCUCUCUUAGUUUAAGUAUGGUUAACCAGACAUGUCCACCAAAUGGUGACAAUGAAAAAAAAGAAAACAUGGACAAAAGAAAAGAGGAGCUACAAGCUGUAAUUGAGAAGCAGGACGAUCGUGUAAACCAUCUUCAAACGGGUGCCUUCAACCUUGCAAACUACUACUUCGUCUUCCAAGGAAUUCUUUUGGGGGCUAUCAUCACUGCCACCACAGCGCUCCGAUGCUCAGAUCAUUGGUUCCUUUUCAGCCUCUCUCUAAUUGCAACCGUUUUCAAUUUGGUUUCAUUUCUUGUAAUUGGAAGCAAUUAUAAAAGAAGUGUCCUGCAGAGACACCAAACCAAGAUUGAGCGAAAUAAAUUGGAAAGUGAUCUGGUGAAGCUAGAAACUUCACCUUCAGAUCAUGGGCUCAAAGCCAACAUAUUAUCGUACUGGACUUCAACGAUAAUAGAAGCUUCAGGGCAGGUUGCUUCUGAAGAUCCUACAACCGUAGAAAUUAAGGAUGAAAGGGAACAAAGGCAGAUCCGCAAGGGGGUUGUGCCGGUUGAUAAUCAUCAUAAACAGAUGCGUGAUUUCUACUUUCUACUUUGCAUGGGUCUCUUUAUAUGCUUUUCCGUCAUCGUGACUGUGGGUUGCUGGACCAUUCCUUGCAAGAAAGCUCUUCAAUGCAUACCCCCCAUAUCCAACACUGAGAACUGCAUCACGGUAUGUGAAGGUGGCAAGUGUAUGAGCAUGUGCACCGAAUACUAGAGCCUUCAACAGUUCUAGCUUUGAGCUAGCGUUCUCCAAGUAGAUUGCAGGACCGACGUUGAGAUAUUCAAGACCUGGGGCGACGCCAAAAAUAUACCACACAAGAAAAAUCUAUGAGGAUGUAGAAUAUUA